AGUCAACUACUUCUCCCCCUCCACCUCGACGGCAAUAAUCCGUUGCCCGCGCGGCCACUACGCGAUGGUCUGGGCAGCCCUCACAUACGUCACAAAGCUCCCGAGAGUCGAUAUACCUGUCGUGUGCAGGGUGCUCAGAGUCAGCGGCACAAUCAGGAAAGCAGAAGAAGAAGUGAUCCGUAGGAGCCAGAAGAUCGUCAAGCGGGCGAAGGCAUUUGAUGGCAGGGGUGUUGAUCCUAUGCUGAGCAGUGUGGAGAAGAGUGUGGAGAAGGAGAGGAAGAGAGAGGAAGUGUUGGCUGUAGUUGACCAGGGUGGAGAGAGCGAGGAGAUGAGCGAGUGAGACACCGAGGGAGCGCCUUGCUAUCGUCUACCCGCGAUCGACCACCCAAGAGAGACUUUGAGAUGAGAUGUGUCAAGAGACGAUAUGUCUCAUCGUCACCUGCGCCAACUUCUAGAGUUGGAACGGUCGCGCUGCCAGUACUCGUGGAUGCGUUUGUGUGUCUUGGACUUUUCGACACCCAUUCUUCUGCUACCUGGAUUCUCUCUCGAUCUAUUCAUCCCCACAUCGUUUGCAAUGCCUGACCAGGGGACCCAGACGUCACCUGCCGGGCAGCGCAUUAGUAGAGACACCUUCAACUUCCGGGUGACGAUUCAGCUACCGUCCCGAUCGUUCCAAUUUUUACCAGAAGAGCUGAUUCUCCAGAAUCUCCACCUGCCUCGCUCGCGAACACAACGAGCCAAUCUACGAUAUUGCCGAAUUAGACAAUUCGGCAUCAAUCUCUUUGGUAUCGCGUCAGCUCCACCGCAUCGUCGAACCACUCGUGUAUCGGACUUUGGCCAUCACCGUCGGGAAGUGUGCAGAGAUCUUGGAGGUGCCGAUGAUGGAGGACGGACAGCUUUACAUGUGCCCGGUUCACGUUCCCACCGCAAAAGGCUGCAACAUCAUGCCAUUCAUGCGAACUAUUCUAAAUCGACCGGAUCUGGUCCAGCAUGUCCAAGCGUUGCCACGUCUUCAUAGAAGCUGACGACGUCGUUCUGGAGGGCAUCUACAACUACUCUUUGAAGUGCCUUCGAUCUGCAUCCGUUACUAGGGAGGCUAUCAGAAGACGUGAAUCCGAAGGGG